AGCGCAUUGUAUAUAGCUGCAUCCCGCGGAUGCACGUGGGGAUGUACAUCUGCAAGAGCGGAUAGAAGAGUAGGGACCAGGCGAUUAAGACGUUCUUCUGCAUGCAGCCUCUGCGCAAACAAGAAGCUUGGAGAAAAAAGGAAAGCGCGUGUAAAGGCUAAUUAACGCCUUUUUAUUAGCCGGAACUGUUUCUGAGGGGACUCCUUAUGAAUCCAUGCAGUUAGCUAAUCACACCAGAUCACAUACGGAGCACCAUCUGUUCAUUUUCGAGCGACAAGAGUUUGUUCAGCGAGACUCGGACAGUUCAAUCAGUCUAUCCUAGAUUCAGUGGACUGCGCUUCGUCGGUGGACUGAUGAUCUUAUGUGAGCUACACAGCCGUGGACUCGUGUUUUGAAACAAUGGGUCAAUGCACUAGGUUGAAUGUGUUUCUGUAAAGUCCGUGGAUGAUGGCAGGGGUACACGCUUCCGAGGCUGUGUCGGGACAUUUGCUAAAUCCUACCAUUGCAGCCUCUCCUGCACAGGACUCGACACAAAUAGCGGGGUUGAACAACAAUGACGCCACCGUGCUGCCUCCGACUGGCACCCGGGCAUACCUGGACAUUUCGGCGGCUGCCUUUGCCCACGGGCACCCGGUCUAUGGGGCGGAGGGAGUUUACACCAACGGAAGGUACAUGGACCACGGGAGUCCUCGGACUGGCAGCAGCAGCCGUGACAAUUCAGCCGAAAGGAGUCAUGGAGGCGUGAACACACCUUGCGGCAUUAUGAAGGAUGGCUCCAAGCAGAGGCAGGUGAGGCAAAAGAAGACUGUCUCCUUCAGCUCCAUGCCCAACGACCGUAAGAUCAACAGCACAGCCGCCUGCAUGGCCUUCAUGAUGGAGGGCUGCGAGAUGAAGAAGGUGCGCUCCAACUCGCGCAUGUACAACCGCUACUUCCUACUGGACCCGGACCUGCACUGGCUCCGCUGGGAGCCCUCCAAGAAGGACUCAGAGAAAGCCAAGUUGGAGAUCAAGAGCAUCAAGGAGGUCCGUCUGGGGAAGAAGACCCCUGUGCUGCGCAGCAAUGGCCUGUCCGACCAGUUCCCAGACGAGUGUGCCUUCUCCAUCAUCUACGGGGACAACUAUGAGUCUCUGGACCUGGUGGCCAGCACAGCUGAUGUGGUCAGCACCUGGGUGAUGGGCCUCCGCUACUUGGUCUCCUACGGGAGGCACACGGUAGAUGUGGUUGAGCCUAGCCAGCCCAGCCUGAGGACCUCCUGGAUUGGAUCGGUGUUUGAGCUGGCUGACAUGGAGAGGAAUGGCCACAUCGACCUGUUCAGGGCCACCCAGAUCAUCAGGGGGCUCAAUCCGGGCAUGAAGGAGUCCCGGAUAGAGCUGAAGUUCAAGGAGCUCCAGAAGGCCAAAGACCAGUAUGGGGAGGACAUUGACAUGGAAACCUUUGUGGAGGCCUACUGCGAGCUGUGCACGAGGCCAGAGAUCUUCUUCCUGCUGGUGCAGUUCUCCAGCAACAAGGAAUACCUGGACAGCAAGGACCUGAUGCUGUUUGUGGAGGUGGAGCAGGGCAUGGAGGGCGUGACGGAGGACAUGUGCCGGGGCAUCGUCCAGAAGUACGAGCCGUCCGCCGAGGGCCGGGAGAAGGCCAGCCUCUCCAUUGAUGGCUUCACGCACUACCUCCUCUCCUCAGAGUGUCACAUUUUCGACCCCCAGCACAAGCGGGUGUGUCAGGACAUGAGACAGCCGCUCUCCCACUACUACAUCAACUCUUCGCACAACGCCUCCCUCCUCGAGGACCACUUCUGGGGCUCCUCCGACAUCAGCAGCUACAUCCGGGCCCUGAAGAUGGGCUGCCGCAGCCUGGAGAUCAUUGUGUGGGACGGCCCGGACAACGAACCUGUGGUGUACGUGGGGAACUCGGUGGCAUCUCAGCUAGCCCUCUGCAAGGUCUUGGAUAUUAUAAACCAGUAUGCAUUUGAGAGCUCUGAGUACCCCCUCAUCCUCUGCCUGGUGACACACUGCUGUAUCCCCCAACAGAGGGUCAUGGCCCAGCACAUGAAGAAGAUCCUUGGAGACAAGCUGUAUUUGGAUGCCCCCAGCUCAGAGGACCACUACCUACCCUCCCCAGAGGAACUCAAGGGUAAGAUCCUGCUGAAGGGCAAGCGGCUGCCCCCAAACUACCCCGAGUCAGAGGGGGAGGUGACUGAUGAGGAGGAGGGUCUGGAGAUGUCCAGGAGGGUGGGGGCAGAUGAUAAGGACCAUCUCAACGGCCUUGGCUGCAAACGGCUGAGACUGUGUAAGGAACUGUCGGACCUGGUCUCCCUCUGUAAGUCAGUGCAGUUCAGGGACUUUGACAUCUCCAACAGGGAUCAGAAAUAUUGGGAGAUGUGCUCUUUCAAUGAGGUCGACGCCAACAGGUUCGCCAACGAGUUCCCCGAGGACUUUGUGUGCUACAACAAGCGCUUUCUCUCCAGGGUGUACCCCACUCCGAUGCGGAUCGACGCCAGUAACAUGAACCCCCAGGACUUCUGGAAGUGUGGUUGCCAGAUUGUAGCCAUGAACUACCAGACCCCGGGCCUGAUGAUGGACCUCAACCUGGGAUGGUUCAGGCAGAACGGGAAUUGUGGCUACGUGUUGCGGCCAGCCAUCAUGAGGGAGGAGGUGUCAUACUUCAGCGCCAACGCCAGGGAAUCCCUACCAGGGGUGUCCGCCCAGCUUCUCCACAUCAAGGUGAUCAGCGGGCAGAACCUGCCCAAGCCCAGGGGCUCUGCUGCAAAGGGAGACGUGGUGGAACCCUACAUCUAUGCGGAGAUCCACGGCAUCCCGGCUGACUGCGCCGAGCAGAGGACUAAGACGGUCUCUCAAAACGGAGACAACCCCGUCUUCGACGAGAGCUUUGAGUUCCAGAUCAACCUACCGGAGUUGGCGGUGCUACGCUUCGUAGUGCUGGACGACGACUACAUCGGAGACGAGUUCAUCGGCCAGUACACAAUCCCCUUUGAAUGUCUGCAGCCUGGCUACAGGCAUGUCCCCUUGCAGUCGCUGACGGGGGAAUUCCUACCCAACUGUACCCUGUUCGUACAUGUGGCCAUCACCAACAGAAGGGGAGGGGGCAAGGCCCACAAGAGAGGCCUGUCGGUGAGGAAGGGCAAGAAGGCUCGUGAGUACACAUCCAGCAAGACCACCGGUAUCAAGGUGGUAGACGAGCUCUUCAGAGCAUCCACCCAGCCUCUGAGGGAAGCCACAGACCUCCGGGAGAACGUCCAGAAUGCCAUGGUGUCGUUCAAGGAGCUGUGUGGUCUGACGCCGGCGGCCAACAUGAAGCAGUGUAUCCUGACCGUGUCCACGUGGCUGAUGAACAGCGAGCGAGCGCUCAGGGUGACCGUGGACCUGAGUCAAGCCUACCCCACCAUGGAGGCCCAAGGGCCCGUCCCCGAGCUGCUCCGCAAGGUCCUCAGCGCCUACGACAUGAUGAUUCAGACGAGCCGGACGCUGAUCGAGUCAGCUGACGUGGUCUACUCCAAGCUUACACAAGCACAACGGGCAGGACUGGAUUUCCAUGUGGACCUUCACAGGAUCGGGGCGAAGGAGGGCCUGAAAGGCCGGAAGCUACAUAAAGCCAUGGAGAGCUACGCCUGGAACAUCACCGUCCUCAAGGGUCAGGCGGACCUCCUGAAGCACGCUAAGAGUGAGGCUUUGGACACGCUGCGUCAGAUCCACUGUGCCACCCAGUCCUGUGGCCUGAGCAAGAACGGAGCUACCUCCCCUCAGCUCCAACACCAUCCACUGCAAGCACAGGCCCCGUACCAGGCCCAGCCCCACCACCAUCUCCAACCUCAGGCCCAGACCCAACCCCAGGCCCAGCCUCUGUCCCAACACCUGGCUGAACCCCAGGCCGAGGCCCAACCACAGCUCCAGGCCCAGCUCCAUACUCAACCCCAUCCCCUGUCUCAGCGUCAGCUCCUGCCUCCCCUCCCACCCCAGCCCCCACAGUAUAGGGCAGCAGGCUCUCACGAUGCCAUCUCUGAGAACGAGACGGCCAGCGAUGGUUCCUGCUGACCCGUUGCCUGUAGCCGCAGUGGAGUCCAGCCAAAGAGAGACAGGGAGAGGAGAAUAGAAAGAGAGACGGGGCUUGAGAAGCAGAGAGGAGAAGAGCAAAGAACAUGGACGGUUCCUUUAACACCCCCGAAGAUGGACAGAGAGGAGAGAAUGAAGGAGAGGGAGAGAGAUGGUGAGAAGGAAAUAGCAGAAGAGAAACAGCAAAUAGAGCAAGGGACAGGGAAGAAAACUCACCGUAAAAGACAAGAGACACAAGUUUGAAAAUGUAUUGUUUUAGAGACAAAGAAGAAAUGUCUCUGUCAGCUCUCUCGCCUGUCCUAUUUCUCUCUCUUGGAUUCAGUCAGUCUCUCAGCCAGUCAAUUCGUUGAGUCAGUCAGUCUGUCAGGAGAGUCUCGCUGUCUUUCUCUGGGCAGUGCCCUGCGGGUACAGGCACCUUACAUUGGCAUUUCAUACCGCACAAGUUCGCCUUUGGAUUCCCCUAGGAUACCCAUAGCAUGUCCAGGACCCUUUCUUUCUCUCCUCCUCUAUCUUCUCCCUUAUGUUUACUCCAUAUACCUGUAGAUCUGCCCUUCCAUGCGUCAUCCCGAGCUUCAACCCUUUGCCCUUCUUGUCGAGGAAGAGGCUGCCGUUUAAAUGCACAACGUGGUACAGCUCACACGGACUCUGUAGGGAUCCGAGCUAGAGGACCAUUACUGCACAAACGAACAGCGUAGUCUGUGAGAGAGACGUUAAAGGACUGCAGCUCUGCAGCCUCUCUCUAUCUGUCACUACCUACCUGGCCUCUACAAUGAUGCACUGGCUCCCCCUGCUGGAGACUCCAACCUCCGCAGGACCCCAUACACUUGCACAGUGCCCUUAAUUAAGAUUUGUAUUUUUGUUAACUGUCAAUCACAACAUGCCUGGACGCUUAGUAGGGGGUCUCCCUAGCGCCUUUCAAGGGGCUGUGUGCGUAACGUCCCGUAUGUUGCUGUCGUCGCCCCAUGGAUGGAGGGAGCGUGGCCGUGCUCUGCGAGGUAGCUACUAGCUAGAGCUCACCAACCAGUUUUAACUGGAACAGUCUGUUGACCCCGUCUGCGCUGCGGAGACGAAAGGUCAAAGAUCACAAGAGAAACAUGGACCUGGGGCAGAUUCCUGCUGUCAAUCAAACACACACCUAACCUAAAAGAGAAACUAUGACUCCAUAUAGAUGUAUACUGUAUGUAUGUACAAGUAAUGAAGAGACACUUUACAUUUAUCUGUGAUAAUUCUCCCUGAAACAAAACAUCCCGUUGAUAUUCUUAUUAUUGUUAUAAUUGAUGUUAGUUAUAUUCAUAUUACAAUUAUUUUCUAUACAGUAUAUUGCUUCUACAUAUACAGUGACUUGAUACCUGUUGCUCUGUGCUGCAGAUCAAGACAGGUGGUGUGGAAUGUUGGGUGUAGGGGUUAGAGGUCAGGGUGGGUUUGGGUUGGGGGUCAUCAUUCCAAAAAUUGGAUCAAACAAUAACCUGACUUGUGUUUCACUGCAAAGUGGUGUGGUUCUGUAUGAGCUCCUUAAAAUGGCCCAUUAAAACUGGCUUCAUUGUU